GGAAGUUGAGUUUUAGCCAAAGUAUUUCCUUCUAUAGAUAAAGAUAUUUGAAGCUCGAUUUGGCGUCCUCUUAGUUAAGGAAAUUUUAGGGAUUGGCUAUGCAAAGUUUGUUUUCAAUAGGACGUGUCAUCUGGGUUGCGAGGUUGUUGGAUUCCUUGUUUUGUUAAACAUGACUAAGAAUCGCAUCCAUCUGGUUUUUAUGAAUGAAAACAAAUCAGUUUAGGGUUCUUUGGAUUCCUUUUUUUAUUAGUCACAGCUGGACUUUUGUCUCGUGUUCAUGACUGAAGACUAAUCAGUGAGCGAUACUCCCGUAAAAGAUAAAUUAGUUCCACUUAGCAACAGCGUAGGCACUUUUAUUUUGUUAACCAAUUAAUGGUCGGAAGAUAUGCAAAUUAGCUAAAAGGUACAUUGUAAAUAGGUAUCUAGAAAGACUGUUGAAGGUGAAAGAUUGAAAGUCUUAAUGAUACAAGGCGUAGUGAUACGGUUAGGUUGGUGAUGUGAGCAGAAUACCUGUAGCAUCGAGCAGGUUAUCGGGAUUCAUUCCUUCUUGAGCUUGCAUCAGCGUAGCAUCACAUUUUGUGGGUGAAAGUUUGUUGCCGGUGAUUCCCAACACUUUAGAUCUUCCGAAGUGUGGUACGUACAUUUAAUUUGAAAUGUUAUUUGUACUGGUAGUGAAUGUUAGUCAUAUUAGAGUAUCAGGAUGGAAUUAUUUUGUGACAAGACUCACUGAUUUCCAAACAAGUAUUAUUAAGUAACACAGAUUUGUAUAUGUGGGACAUGUACACAAACAUGUUAGAUUUGGAAAGGUCUGUGGUAUGAAUUGUUUAGUUAAAAAUUAUGAAAGAGCUAUUGAGCAUAUUGUGAUUAAUGAGUUAUGGCUCUUGAGACAUGAGGAUUGAUAUAAUUUUAGGACAAUUGUUAUAGUAAUUUCAAUUAUGGAUAAAUAACUGGAAUGGUUAGUUGUCUUAUUUUCAGUCUCUAAUAUUAACUGUUGGAUUUUAUCAAGUUGAAACUGAUAGAAGUCUUUUUCUUGAUACAGAGAAAAUUAUUUUAAUGAAAUGCUAGCAUGAAAAAAAGUAAAAUAAGUAUGUAAGACAAGUUAGUAAUUUUGGAUUUGUUCUUUGUUUAACAGCAGUACAAGUAAUUUCUACACUGUUGAAUCCAGCCAGUGUGUUGGAGUGGUUCACGAUCACGUGACGAGUGGGUGUUGAUCCUGGGGUUUUUUUUCUUUUAUUUUUGUCUUGUGAUGGACAAAUAAAGACAAGUGAACAUGAAUCUGUUGUGCCCCUUGUACUUCUUGGAAGUGACCUAUUGCGACCUACGACAAAUGGCGUCAUGGACAGGAUAGGUCAGGAUUAGGCGCCGAUUCUGAGGGACAACCCCAGGUUCAACGAGGGAGGUGUUAGACGGUUGGUGCGACAACGGUGUUAGACGGUUGGUGUGACGACUGCGUUAGACGGUUGGUGCGACGACGGCAUCAGACGGUUGGUGCGACGACAACAGCGUCAGGUGGUUAGAGCAACAAGAGUGCCAGAUGGUUACAGUGACGACGCAUCGAACGAUUGGGGAGAUGAGAGCGUCUGACGGUUGCAUCGAUGACGGCUUCAGAGAGAGUGACAGCGUCGACAGAGUGACAACAGCUUUGGACAGUUGGAGUGAUGGUAGCGGUGGAGAGAAGUGACUGUAAUAUUCAAGACAGUUAGAGAUGGACUAACUUGUUUCCAGAUUUUGAACUGAACUGAACUGAUCCUAUUUUGAUAAAAGAAUAGGAAUAUGGUAAGACAGGGUAUGAUUAAUGAUUAUGUUUAUUCGUAGGUUCUUGAGACCCGAUUUCAGUUCCAGAGAUGUUGAGAACUGGCGGUGUAGCUGAACAUAGCUGACUGAGGGUACAGAUGUUUGAUCCAGAUUCCAGCUGUAGUUAAGAGUAGUUUUAAGCUGUGUAAUAACAAUUUAUUUUUCUCCUAUUUCUUUCACAGCACUUUGUAACGAUGGCUGAAAGCGGAGUUGCUUGAAUCUAAUUUAAUGAUAGAUGUUAAAUAGAAGAAAAAUCCAAUAGGUUAGGCUGAGAAUCAAAUAGUUACUAGGUUCCAAUUUGAUCAUUUUGGGUAUACUUUGAAAUGGGUUUGACCUUGGAUAGCAAUGAAACAAAAAACAAACAAAUAGGAUGAGGUAUUUGAAGAUUGAUUCAGAGCUGUGAUUGAGGCUGGUGCAAGAAUAAGUUUUGCUAGGGCUUUAUUUAAGUAUGGCAUAGGCUGGAUCUUUUCUUGUGGAGUUAGAUUUCCUGGAGAUAGCUUAAGAUAGUAGUUACAUAGUUGAAGGUAGUAGAUUGCUCAAGAUGGCGGAAGAAAAAAUGGCGGAGAUGUUGCAAACUUUGACUGGUGUUUUAAAAGGAUUGAGUGUGCAACAGACUCCACAAUUACCCAAAGUGAAGUUACAGAAAUUCAGGGGUCCACCUAGGUCUCCUGGGGAUCCAUCCCUGAAGGAGUGGUUAGAUGAGUUUGAGGCCUAUAGUAAUUGUUAUAAGUUAAGUGGAAAAUCCAAAGCUCAGGCCUUAGUGGAUCAUUUAGGUGGGAUAGCGAAAGAAGAGAUUCUUUGUAGAGCGGAUUCUGUCAGAGAAGACUAUGACGAGUUGGUUCAGAUUCUUAAAUCCCAAUUUUGUCCUGUAGAAUCCCUUCAGACCCUGAGUGCUAGUUUUCACUCUUGUGUUCAGAAGGAUGGUGAGUCACUGGCGGACUUUAGUAGGAAUUUGAUGAGGUACUAUUCUCGCAUGGAGCAGGCAGCUCCCUCUGAAGAUGAAAAGAAAGCAUUACACGCAUUACGUGAUACUUCUUUGAAGGAAGGCUUUGUAAGGGGUGCCAGAGAGGCAUCGGUGAGGCGAGAAUUACGUAGGAUUGAAUUGGCCAUGAAAAGCAAACCUUUCAUGGACAUGCGUUCAGAGGCAUUGGAUCUCUUUAGAGACCAAGAAUCUAUUCGUAAGAUCGGGGUAAAAGAAGUGAAGAUGGAGGACCCUUUGAUAGGAAUAGUUUCAUGUGAUAGGGAGUCAGUUGUUGACACUAAUGAGCUUAGUGAACUAAGAGGUCAUUUGAAUCAGUUAUGUAAACAGGUGGCGGUUUUAGCCGAUUCGGUUAAUAGUAUGAAGACCACUCCUAAAGUUCCACAAAAUGAAGUUGUAUGUUACAACUGCGGAAAGAAAGGGCACAUUCGACCCAGAUGCACUGAGCCAACUUUGUGUUACAAUUGCAAAGGUCGAGGGCACAUUAGCAAGAAUUGUCCAGAAGCGGUAAUAUCUAAUAGUCCAAUUUCCCCAAAUGUUCCAAUGGAUAGUCCAAGUGUGAGAGUUAGUGGUGUAGGUAAUACUAAGAGUAGCGUGUUAACCCAGAAGUUGAUCUCUCACAGUCCUCGAGGCAAGGUCCGGUUCAAAGAUGUUAAACUUGGUUGUGUGUUUGAUACGGGGGCGGAGGCUUCCAUAAUUCCUUCAUCGGUAUUUCAUUCCCAGCUUCAAAAUUUGGAUUGUGGUCUACAACAGCAUGAUGGUUUGUUUGUAAACGUAGUAGGGGUAGGUGGAGUUGAAGUCCCUGUUGAGGGAUAUGUAGAAGUCCCUAUAACUAUUGAAGGUCAGGAUUUAGUAGGUAGCUUCCUUGUGAUUCAUGAUGAGGUUGGUCGUUCUGCUCAAUGCGAACAUCCCAUCUUGUUAGGUUGUAAUAUCCUUCGUCAGUUGCCUUUUAAGAUGAUGGAGUCGGUUUUAUCUCAAUCAUUUAAACCAAAAGAAGAAGGCUGCGGAGAUGAGUUGGCUGGUUGCUCUACACAUAAUAGUGUGAGCUCUGAGGAAGUUCUUCCACCCUCGUCUGUUCGAAGAGUAGUUUGUAAGGUUCAGUCAAGUGCUAUUGAUGCAGAUGAGGUAUUGGUGAAGGAAAUGCUGAGUAGGUUUGAUCCAACACUCUGUACAGUGGAAGGCUCCCAAAGCAUUAGGGGAGAUUCAGUGGAGUUAUUGGUACAGAACAGUUCUGAGCAUGAGGUACGAAUCCCCCCUCACACGCCAGUAGCAGAAGCUCAGGCAGUGAGUAGGAAGCAGGAAGUCCAUGUAGAAUUUCAGGAAGAGGGUAGCCUGUUGGUGUCAGGACACGAUGUUAUUACUGAUCAGACUCCCAGUAUUAAGGAGGAUACCAACAAGGCAGGUAGUAGAGAUAGUGUAGGUCUUCCUAAAGGAGUGAAAUUGGAGGGCUUGUCAGUGGUUGAAGAAGAAAAGAUUGUUGAAUUAUUGGCUCAGCAUAAGGAUACCCUUUCUGAGGGGUCAUCUGAUUUGGGAGAAUGCAUUGUGGUACCUCAUGAAAUACAAGUUGUAGAAGGUCCUCCUAUAAGGCUACCAUAUCGACGUUUGCCCCCUGCACAAGUAGAUGAUGUUAAACAAAUGUUGCAAGAAAUGUUGGAUCAGGGAUUUAUUAUUUAUUUCAUGAAAUUGAUCCCGUUAGAGAUGGAUUUUAUCAAACUAGCCUAAUUUAGUGAAAAGUAUUCGAGAUUCAAGUGCCUAGCUAAUUUAGUUUUUCAUUUAAGAAUAUGGAAGACAAAUUUUGCUAAAAGAAAAUUUGGACUGUGUCAUAUAGGAUUUCUUUUGCAAGGCUUGCUUGGUAUAUAUUAGUCUCUUUGAGCCAGAUUUGCCUUCUUUGCUAAUUCUCCUGAAAAAAAGGGAAGAAAAAAUGUAUCUAAUCCUUAAAAAAAACACACAUAAUUGGCUAAAAGUAAUUCUCAUUCAAUUUUGACAGGAUUCAAUAAAUUAACUGUAGUCUUUAGUCCUCAGAGUAGAAAAAAAAAAAAAAUCAAAUACAAUUUGAUUCUCAGCCUAAUUUUUUUUUCAUUAGGGAUUAUGAAUUUUACUUUCAGUACAAGUUUGAAAUUCUACAUUUUGAGAUCAAUUUUUUUAUGAGAAGACAAAAUAACUCCUUGCUUUCAGUUCUUCGUGACAGAUGCGUAUCUUAUACAAAUUUCUUUUCGGAUUGAAAUCUGAAGAGGUCAGUAUUUACAUCCUAAACCUUGUUUAGUUUACUGUCAAAUGAGUGAAAUUAAAAAAAAAAAAAAGUAUUGGAAUAUGCUAAUCAAGUGAUUUGGCUGAAUCUGGAUUGUUUAGUUUUUCUCAUUUCAAUCAUUCCAAGAAAUAAGUGGACUAUUUACUGUUGGAAGUUCAGUGAAAGAAUUUUCUUUUCAUUCAUAGGUUGAAGUAAUAAGGCAGAAAUUUGAUCAAAAUUGGAAAAUAAUCAAGAAAAUUGAAAAGACAUAUUUGAUUUAAUAGUAUCCAGAGAGUAGAUAUUAAUUUAUUUGAAUCAGCGUACUGGAAGAUAGAUACCAUAUACCGGUACUUUCUAAUCUUUGUUGUGAUUUUGAACAUUGAUUGUAGUGUAAGUCGACCUGAUAUUAAAUUGAAUUAUGUGCUAUAUUAUAGUCGGGUCGACUAUAUCUUGAGCGGGGGAAUUGUGGAAAGUUGAGUUUUAGCCAAAGUAUUUCCUUCUAUAGAUAAAGAUAUUUGAAGCUCGAUUUGGCGUCCUCUUAGUUAAAGAAAUUUUAGGGAUUGGCUAUGCAAAGUUUGUUUUCAAUAGGACGUGUCAUCUGGGUUGCGAGGUUGUUGGAUUCCUUGUUUUGUUAAACAUGACUAAGAAUCGCAUCCAUCUGGUUUUUAUGAAUGAAAACAAAUCAGUUUAGGGUUCUUUGGAUUCCUUUUUUUAUUAGUCACAGCUGGACUUUUGUCUCGUGUUCAUGACUGAAGACUAAUCAGUGAGCGAUACUCCCGUAAAAGAUAAAUUAGUUCCACUUAGCAACAGCGUAGGCACUUUUAUUUUGUUAACCAAUUAAUGGUCGGAAGAUAUGCAAAUUAGCUAAAAGGUACAUUGUAAAUAGGUAUCUAGAAAGACUGUUGAAGGUGAAAGAUUGAAAGUCUUAAUGAUACAAGGCGUAGUGAUACGGUUAGGUUGGUGAUGUGAGCAGAAUACCUGUAGCAUCGGGCAGGUUAUCGGGAUUCAUUCCUUCUUGAGCUUGCAUCAGCGUAGCAUCACAUUUUGUGGGUGAAAGUUUGUUGCCGGUGAUUCCCAACACUUUAGAUCUUCCGAAGUGUGGUACGUACAUUUAAUUUGAAAUGUUAUUUGUACUGGUAGUGAAUGUUAGUCAUAUUAGAGUAUCAGGAUGGAAUUAUUUUGUGACAAGACUCACUGAUUUCCAAACAAGUAUUAUUAAGUAACACAGAUUUGUAUAUGUGGGACAUGUACACAAACAUGUUAGAUUUGGAAAGGUCUGUGGUAUGAAUUGUUUAGUUAAAAAUUAUGAAAGAGCUAUUGAGCAUAUUGUGAUUAAUGAGUUAUGGCUCUUGAGACAUGAGGAUUGAUAUAAUUUUAGGACAAUUGUUAUAGUAAUUUCAAUUAUGGAUAAAUAACUGGAAUGGUUAGUUGUCUUAUUUUCAGUCUCUAAUAUUAACUGUUGGAUUUUAUCAAGUUGAAACUGAUAGAAGUCUUUUUCUUGAUACAGAGAAAAUUAUUUUAAUGAAAUGCUAGCAUGAAAAAAAGUAAAAUAAGUAUGUAAGACAAGUUAGUAAUUUUGGAUUUGUUCUUUGUUUAACAGCAGUACAAGUAAUUUCUACACUGUUGAAUCCAGCCAGUGUGUUGGAGUGGUUCACGAUCACGUGACGAGUGGGUGUUGAUCCUGGGUAAGCUGUUGCAUUAUAUUUGGGCGUGGUCUAAGAUCUACAUUCUAAUUAUGUGCAUGGUGUACAAUAUUAUGUUUGUACUGUAUUGAUUUUAUUGAUUUAAAUUGAAAUCAGAAUUGAGAUAAAUAUAGAGUACAUUUCAAAAACUUUAAAUGAAUUCUUGUGCGGAAACCGAUUUGACUUAUGGAUGCUGUCCUUUUGAUUGAGGUAUUUUGAGAUGCCAUUGAAGAGUGUAGUUAGUGAGGCUUUACAAUUUGAGGGGAUUUGUAUGUCAUUUUUGAUUGAGAGGAUAAUGACGAUGGUCUCUUUGUCUGCCAUUCUUCAGGUUUGGUUAGUGUUACAAACAUUCGAGGAUAAGGAUGGUUAGGCAGGCUAGCUGCAAGGAAUUAAGCAUCCAUAACUUGAAUUAUAAUUUGACGCAUUUAAUAUAAUUUUGAAUUCAGAAAUGCAUUCCUAUUUUUGUAAUGCUGUUUUUAUAGCAUUAUCUAUAAUAUACACUUCAACAGUAUGCUCAUUUUGUAGGAUAUUUGCUAAAGGAUAGACACUUAACUUUUAUAGUGUAAUUGGCAUCAUCUGGUGUCUUCGUCAUGUCUAAUAAUUGAGAAUAAGACGACUCAUGUAUUAAUGCCAUUAUUUGAUUGUAUACUUACAAUGGCCUUGCUUUAUAUC